GUUUGCUGAGAUUAGUGAGCAAUGGGAGAACCCCAUUUCUGUUUAACUCUUAUAACCCUUUUGGUUGCUUGUAGCAUUCAAUUUCAAGCUCAUGCCGCUCCUUCUGGUACCAGGCCAUUGGUAAAACACUUGUCUUCUUUACUCAAAUGGACCAGAUCAUCCUCUAAAGUUCCCCAUUCAGAUGGGAAUGCUCUUCAAUAUGAGAGUGGAUACUUGGUUGAGACUGUUGUUGAAGGCAAUGAGAUUGGAGUGGUUCCUUACAGAAUCCACGUCUCUGAGGAUGGUGAACUAUUUGCUGUUGAUGCAGAUAAAAGCAACAUUGUUAAGAUUACUCCACCAUUGUCACAAUAUAGCAGGGGAAGAUUGGUUGCUGGGUCAUUUCAGGGUUUCACAGGGCAUGUUGAUGGAAAGCCAAGUGAAGCUCGUUUCAAUCAUCCAAAAGGUGUAACUAUGGAUGAUAAAGGGAAUGUGUAUGUAGCUGAUACCUUGAAUCUGGCUAUCAGAAAAAUUGGAGAUGCAGGUGUCACGACUAUUGCGGGAGGGAAAUCAAAUGUUGCAGGGUAUAGAGAUGGACCUAGUGAAGAUGCAAAGUUCUCAAAUGAUUUUGAUGUUGUAUAUGUUCGUCCAACCUGCUCCUUAUUGGUUGUUGAUAGAGGAAAUGCUGCUCUUCGGCAAAUCUUCCUCAACCAAGAUGAUUGUGAUUACCAGGAUAGUUCAGUUUCUUCCACAGAUGUGCUGAUGGUUGUUGGUGCCGUCUUGGUUGGAUAUGCCACUUGCAUGCUUCAGCUGGGAUUUGGACCUUUCUUCUCAAAAAUGGAACCUUCACAGGGUGAAUUUGAAGAAGAACCAACCAAGGAAAAGCCAACUCCCAUUAUCGAAAGCACAAAAGAGGAACCUGGAUGGCCAUCAUUUGGCCAACUCAUUGUUGAUCUAUCUAAGCUCGCACUUGAAGCAAUGGGUAGUGCAUUCCUUUACUUUGUGCCCUCACGUUUCAGGUCUAUUGGCUCCAAGAAAUGUCUCACACCACUGAAGGAUUCCCUUAGGAUGCCUGAGGAUGAAGCUAAACCUCCAGUAGUUCAGAGGCAAACCACUGCUGCCAGUCUCUCUGAAACCCGACACAGCCAUACACGCGGUGCAAGUGAUAAGCAUUCAGAAAUGAAGCCUCCCAAGAUCAAAUCAAGCAGUUUUAAUGAUAUUUCUUUGUUGAGCAAGCACCGGUCCUCAAGGCAAAAAGAACGUGCAGAGUUUUAUGGAUCAGGUGAGGUUCCUACCUACAGCAGGUCUAAGACCCAGAAAGAAAGAACAAGACAUCGCCAGCGAGAUAAAAGUGGAGAAGUUACCUAUGGAGCAGGUGGGACAGAGCCAAAACCUGUCGAGACUAAGCCAGUGGUUUAUGAUAAUCCUAAGUUUGACCAUUAUAUGAUGAGGAGCAAGUAUGCCCCUAAUGAUUCCUAUCGUUAUUGAAUCCCUGCUACCCCUAGCAACUGCUAUCAAGUUUCACUUUUCUUUCUCUUUUACCCUACUCAACCUUGCACCUUAAGUUAGCCUACAUUAGUGAAAAUUUGCAUGUUAGAAACCUAAACAGCUGAGAUUAGCACACAACUUUUCUCUGCUCAACCCAUACAAGGGCCUGCAUUGCUAGGAUAUUCCCACCCUGACUUGUUGGACGCAUGUGAUGUUAAGGUCUAACAAUUUAUUAUUCAGAAAUAGAAUUGUUGUAGUGCUGUUGCCUAUGGUAACUCAUUUUUCUUGGGGAUGGGGGUAUUAGGUGUACUUCUACGUUAUUUUUGUCUUCUUAAUGUCGUCUUUGCCGCCUUUUAGGGGAAGAAAACACUAGCAAGGUGCCAAAGUUGUAGAAGCAGUUAGCUUUGAUAAUGGAUUUGCUAAUAAUUUUGGGGCAAACUG